UCAGAAUCCUGUACAGACGCUUCCUGCACUAAAUACUACUUUGAGACAACGUCUAUGAACUGGUCUACAGCUCAGACACACUGCAGAGAGAAAUACACAGACCUGGCCACUGUCAACAGCCAAGAGGAAGUAAUGCACCUCUUAAAAAUUAUAAAUACUAGUAGUUCCAAUAUCUGGAUCGGGAUGUACCGUGAUGUCAAGGAGAACUGGCAGUGGUCCAGUGGAGAUGAUGUCACCUACAACAUGAGACCUGUCAAAAGCUUCUGUGCUAGACUCGAUCCAGAUGGACGAUGGACCGAUUCUGUCUGCCAUGCUACAAACCAUUUCAUGUGUUAUAAUGGAACCAGCGAGAGAUAUAUCCUCAUUGAAGAACUGAAAACCUGGACUGAAGCUCAGCAGUACUGUAGAGAACACCACACUGAUCUAGUCAGUGUAAAGAAUGCAGAUGAAAAUAUUCAAAUAAAGGAGAAAGCAAAGGGAGCUGCUGUCUGGAUUGGACUGUUCAAUAACCCCUGGAAGUGGUCGGAUGGGGGGGAUUAUCACACAUUUCUGAACUGGUCAGAAAAGCAACCUGACAAUUAUGGAAGCAAAGAGAAAUGUGUGAUGAUUAAAAACCAAAGUAAUACGCCUGAAUUGAGCGACGCUCAUGCAGCCAAGAGUACCCAUUUAUUUGCUAUGACGAUACCACCCCCUCAGACCCACCUACUGCACCAGCCUCUAAAGACAAGAUGACAAUAGCAAGAGUCAAAUUUACCGCACCAGUAGGAAUGAAUCUUGAAGACCCCAAUGUCAGCAAAGCCAUU